GAACUUUGAUGGGUUCCUCGAUUUCGCGGAAUCGCCCUCUGAACUGUCCUGUAAAAAGCAUCUGGAAAUCUGGAAUCUUGUUCAGAGUUUCAGAAUCCCAUUAUAAUUUCGCCAACUUUUGGCUACAGGUCGCUUUCUUCUCCAGAGAGAAGAAAUACUCCAACCAGACGACAUUAGAGCGGUGUAGGGUUUGCAGAGGGAUCGGAUACGAGAUAGAAGGAGAUGGCACCUUUGCUUUCUGCCGCCGAACAAGCAGAACAGCUGAAGCAAGAUGGGAUUAACUACUUCCAGAAGAACCGGUUUGCUGCAGCCAUUGAUGCGUAUACAGAGGCGAUUACGCUGUGCCCUAAUGUUCCCAUUUACUGGACAAAUCGUGCUUUGUGCCAUCGGAAACGGGAUGACUGGACAAGAGUGGAAGAGGACUGCAGGAGAGCAAUUCAGUGAUCAUAAUUCUGUUAAGGCACAUUAUAUGCUAGGACUUGCUUUGCUUCAGAAAAAGGAAUUUGCUGUGGGUGUCAGAGAAUUGGAAAAAGUAUGCCUUGUGCUUCCUUCUCUCCCACUCUCCCAGUCUAAUAAAUACAUUUAAGUGUCAUGAUAUUGCAUGUCGUUUCAAACACCCUUGUAGUUACUGUGUCUGGAACAUUGCUGUUAAAGUUAUUCUUGAAUCCUUUUCCCACUUAUUAUCCGUCCGUCCCUCAAACAAAUAUGAACAAAUACGCAUUGCACUUUGCGAGGUAAAUGAAGUUUUCUUUAAAAAAAUUCAAUUUAUUCGAAAAUUGGUAUUGAAACAAAAGGUGAAACUUACAUACUCCAUUUAGAAACUACAUAAAAAAUCUUACAAAAAAGAGGGGACAUUACU